AUGAAAGGAAAAUUAGUAUAAUCCUUGAUCAAUCUAUUUCCUAAUCAACAUUAGGAAACAUUAAUCAAAUGUGUGUUUUUAAUAGGAUUUGAUAGGCUUAUAAAAAAGGGGUUUCUAUUUAAUGGCAAACCUAAACUUCAAGAAAUAAUAGAUUAUUCAGGUAAACAUAUUUUUAAUGUAGUCAAAUUGGAAAAAAAUGGAAGAUUAGACUUUGUUUAAUAACCUUGCAUAGUAAAACACGAGUUGGAUCAUUUAAAGGAUGAAAUAAAUAGGUUAACUUCAUAAAUAUAAUCUAAUAACUCGAUGAUGUAAACUCCUAGACAUAUAUUUUAGUCAAAAAUAAACAUAAAGAAGCUAUGAAAGGUUAAUAUUGUAAAAUGUUUCCCCUCAAUAUGAUGAAAGAAAAAGGUCUGUAUCAGUUGGAUAUAAAUAAUAAUAGCAAUAAUUGGUUUAAAAAAAAACUAAAGAAAUAACUCCAAAAAUUACAGAAACUAUUCCUUAGGCCAUCAAUCAAAUCAACAUUACUAUUUCCAAACAUCAUUUAGAUGAUACAGAAAUAAAGUCAAUAAUGAGAGAUGAUUAAAUAAGAGAAAAGCCUCCAAAGCCAAACAAAUUAAAUUAAGAUUAAAUUUUCAAAAGAAAUAAUCAGAUUGAAUAUCCGCACAUAGAUGCAGAAGAACAUCCCACAUUUAUAGAUUCUGAUAGUGUAAAUAUUAAAGAAUGUUGCAUUCCUUAGAUUCUGUAAUAUUCUAAUCUCUAAAAUAGUUAGUUUUCUUAGAAUCAAUAACAACUAUAGUUAUAACAACAAGCGUAAUCUAAUCAAUUCUAAUUAUAAACAUUUAACUAAUUGCAACCAGCCUAAUUAUAAUAACUAAAGUAAUCCUAAUUUUCGUAAUAGUCAAACACAAAGUAGAGUGAUCAUUAAACCCAGAAUACAAAUUAAACUUUUGUAUAGCCUUAUUAAAGUUAAAAGCUUGGUGUUUAACCUUCAAAAUCUCCAAAAAGCUAAUCAAAAUCUAAGAGUAAAUCUCCAAAAUUUAAAUAACAAAAGAAGCAAAUAUGUAAAAAAAGCUUAGAUUCUGCGCAUCAAGAAAGUAUUGCUCUCGCAAAACAUUAAAGAAGUCAUUCAGCUUCAUCUAAGCGAAGGGGAUCUCACGGAUAAUAAAAAGCUCAAUAAAAUUAUUAAGCUGCAUCCAAGAUUAAAGCACUUUUGGAUUAGGAUAAGAAAAUAUACAAAUAACACUUAUUAGACGUUGCAAGUGAAAGGAGAUCUUUCUUAAAUACUUCUUAAAAGAUGAAAAGAAUUUAAGAAGAAAUAACAAUAGGCCAAAAUUAAUCAAACUAUUAAGAAACUAGCAACUAGGCUAAUAAAAGAAAUUUUACAAAUAAUAGUUUUUAUUAAUAGUAAUAAAGCGAAUAAAUUUCGCCAUUGUUGGAUUCAGAAUUGAAAGGUCACGGUCUAGAUCCAUUAAACUAGUUUUAAGGCUCAUAUUCAAUUACAAGUUCAAAUCCUAUUGGGAAUUACAUCACCAAUCCCCGUUAAUAAGAUAAUAUACUCAUUUAUGGCAAAUACAAAUAGUAGAUAUUUGAUCAAUACUCUCCUAAAGUUAAAUAUUAAGCAAGACCAUAAAGUGUGGGUAAAUAAUUGGAGAGUGACUUAAAAAGAUCUAAUGAUUACAAUAAGAGUUCAAUUAGUAGUACAUUUUCAAUGUUCAAUCCGAACGAAGAGUUAAAGAUAUUCUUUUAGAAUGAUUUUCUAGAGAGGAAAAAAUAUUUUCCUUAAGCGUAUAAUGAUAUGACAAAAUAAGUAUGUUAUUUUCGUUAUUAAAUAGUCAUCUCUAAAUUCCUCACUAGAUUAUAAUUAGCAUUAAAGCAAAUAUAUUAGCUCAAGUCAAAUUGAGGAUCAGUAGAACGAAAGCAAUAACGUAUUUAGUCCUCAAUAAUACUAAAAUGUUGAUAAGUCGAACGUCUUCAAUAAUAAUAGGCUUAGCGUAACUAGAAUACUAAAUAAUUCCUAAAUAUGA